AUGUAUUCGGAUCAGAAAGACUAUCAGCAGCAAUCCUCAGCUGUGCCGGACCUCCUGUAUGAGGACCAUCAUUACCACCAACAACCUCCCCCAACUUAUGAAGAAUACAACACCAUGCCCCGCAUCUCGCAACAGACCAGGCCUUGGUCUCGGCCUAUUGUCCUUCCUUCAUCUUCAAUUGGAGGUGGCCUGGAAGCUACGCCCCCUUUCAUCAGGGCAUACCCUCAUGUUCUUGACUCGUAUGGGAUCUCUUCCUCCGAGUUCAUGGCUAUCGUUGAUGCUAUCAACGUUGCCCUCGCCGAGCCCGCGCCUCUCAAAGCCAUGCUAAUUGCUGGCGAUGGUCUAGGUUUCGUGCCUGAUCCUGUUUGUCAAGGAGUUUCCUUGGGCCUCGGUCUAGCUGCCGGUACUGCCACAGCCGCGACAGCAUACAUCAGACCCAAGAGGGUCCUUGAAAGAGUCAACCGUGACAUUUUUGCUCCGAAGGGCUUGAAGAUGGAGAUUGUGAAAGAUGAAGAGGUUAUGCGACGCCUCAAGGCCACAGCCAGAAGCCUUGAGCCGUUGCAAAGACUUCAGGAGAUCAGCCAUUGCGUGGAAGCCUUGUCUUUCGAUGUAGAGCCCCCGGUUAAAUGCAGCAACGUAAUAGAUCGCGUCAGCGCAAAGCAAGCCGCGAUGAAGCAAACCAGGAAGGCGGAGAAGAAACAGAAGAAGGCGGACAAGCGACUUGAUAAGCGCGAAAGGGCAGCGGAGAAGUACAACUACCCGAUCGGGUCUAUAGAAGAGCGUUACGACUCGGAUACGGAAAGUCGGAUUGAGAACGAGACUAAGAUCGUGGGGUUGGAGGAUAAGAUCACGGAGAUAAAUGCCAAGGCGGAUGCGAAGUUGCAGGAUGCGAGCGACAAGAAGGUUCGCGAGAUCGAGAAACGGCGGACGAAGGACUUGAAGGAAGUGGAAAAGGAUCGAGUGAGGUUACUAGAAAAGCAAGAUAAGGCUAUAGCCAAGUCGCAGAAGAAGUCAGGUGAGAGAGAGGAGAAGGACGAGAAGAAGGUAGCCAAGCUCGAAUGGCUCAUGAUUCGAGCCCUCUGA